UCUAAUGUUUUUUAAUGGUUUCAAUAAAAUAACAUAUUUGUACUACUUCCAUGAUUAAAUUACCGUAAAUUUAAGCUAACAUAUGAAAUUUAAAGAUUUUUUUUAUGAUGACUGUAGCAAGGAAAUAAAUUUUUUUGUUCGCCUCAAGUAAACAAGCUUCGACAAUUUGUACGGAAAAACAGGUGAUGAAAACUCGCUCCUCGUUCGCCGAUUGUUUAAACAUCAAUGUUAUAAGAUGGAGUUGGGCUUGAGUAAUUCACUUUUAGCUGGCGAUCCUCGAUUGAUUGAUCAUAUUGUUGGUGAGGUAAAAUCGCAAGGAAUAUUUGAUAAGUUCAGAAAAGAAUGCAUUGCUGAUGUCGAUACUAAGCCUGCUUAUCAAAAUUUGAGAACAAGGGUAGAAAGUUCUGUAAAUUCCUUUUUAAAUAAGCAAACAUGGAGAACAGAUUUAAACAAAAAUCAACUUCGUGAUACCUUGCGUAAGCAUAUACAUGAUGCUCCUUAUUUGGAAGUUGGUGUUGAAAGAAUAGUGGAUCAGGUGGUAAAUCCAAAGAUUUUUUCAGUUUUUAUGCCUCAAAUAGAAGAUGUUGUAUACAAAUUUUUAGGAAUUGAAAGACCAAAAACUCAAAGAAAUGGAGCUUGUGACUUGAAAGAUUUACUUCCUAAAGAUUUAGAUCCUGUUUCACCAGAAUCUGAUAGAAAUAGCUUAAAAGAUAUAUCUUUGGAGUCCGUAGAUGAAAACAUAGAUGAAGUAAUAAAUGGAACUGAACAAAAACCAGGUUGUAGUAAAUUUGAUGAAAAGUUAUAUGAUUUAAAAUGUAAUUCCAUUAAAAAGGAAGUAAAUAUAAUAGAAAAUGGACAAAAUUCUCAAACUAUAGUGAAUUCACCGACAAAAACAGCCUUAAAUAGUUCAUUUAAAUCUGAUGAAACAAAUAAAACAGAAGAAGAAGAAGAAGACAGUCCAGAUUUUGAACCAAUUGAUAUUAUGAAUUUAAAUGAAUCAAAUAUGUCAAAUGAUUCUCAUUUGUCAGGUAUUUCCGAAUUAACAAGUCAUAGAUCUCAGAGUCCUGAUUUUAUCACAGAAUUCUCACAUGAUAAUUUUGACUGUAGUAAUCAAGAUUCUCAGUUAAGUAAGGUUUCUUCUAAUUCUCGAUUAUCUAUUGUAACAGAUUUUGGUUCAUCUAAUCAUGCUUCAACACCAUUGCCAGAAUCUAAAGAUGAUUUUAAAUAUAACAGAGACAAUUUUAAAGUUGUCAGAGAAUGUGAUAAUAACAAAGAUAAUAAAUUUAAUUUUGAGGUUAUAAAAAUUAAAGAUAAUAGCAAAAUAAAUAAUUCUUCUAAAGAGAAUUCUCGCGACAUUCAUGAGUUUAAUAAAGAUACGAAAAUUAAAGAGGAAUCUAAAUCUAAACAUUCAAAAGAUAAAUAUGAAUCCAGAAAUAGUAGGGAUAAAGAUCGUGAUUCUAGAAGACGUCAUAAAUCUGAUAAGUAUUCAAGAAGCAAGAGUAAGGAUAAAAAUGAAUUUGAAUUUCAAGAUAGCAAAGAAAAUACAAAUAAAUAUAAAGAAAAUAAACUGAAAGAAGCUGAGAAGAAAGAUGAAGUUAAAGAUUUAAAAGAUUUAUAUAAAGAGAAAAUAAGGGAAUUACGUGAGAAAAAGGAAUUGACUGAAAAAGAAAAAUUAGGAAAGGAUAGAGACUUUGCAAAAAUCAAUAAAGAAUCUAAAGAUAAGAAAGAUAAUACAUCAAAAGAAAAAGAUGAUAAUAAAAAAAAUUAUAAAUCGUCAUCUAGAAGUUCAAGCAAUCAUAAUAAUAAAAUCUCUCGUGCAGAAUCAAAAGAUUCCCGAGACAAAAGCAGUAGUAAACGAGAUGGUCGACAUCAUUCAAAUGGAAAAAAUGAAUCUAAACCCAAUACUAAAACUAAAAGAGAUUCUAAAACAGAUGUACAAUCUGAGAGUAGAAGUAGUUAUAACAGUGAUAGGUCAUUAAAAGAUAAAAAACGUAGAGAUGAGAAAAAAUCUAAAUCAACAGAUGAUCAUUCAAGUCUUAGAAAAAAUUCAAAUGAUCGUCGUUCUACUGAUAGAGAUGGUUCCAAUGGCUCUAGUAGUAAAUAUUCUCAUAAAAGUUCAUAUGGUACUAAUAAUUCCACUAGUAAAUUUGGUCCUUCAACUAAUCUAACUAAAGAUGCUAACAAAGAUCACUCCAGUAGUGAAACAUCAGACAGUGUUCACGAUAAUUUACAAAUAAUAUUUGGAGCCAGUGAACAUAGUCAAAGUUUAAACAACUGCAAUAGUUUAGAUAAUAUACCAAAAAGAGUUGAUCCAGGUUCUACAGAAAUAUGUUUACCUUUAAAAAAGAGACCAUUAUAUAAUGAUGAAUCUGUCAUUGAAUGUCAAGUAAAAAAACCAAAAUUAGAAAAUAAAAUAUUUAAGAAAAAAAUUGAAAAGGACAUAUUUAGAAUUGAUACCGAUGUCACCAGUGUACCAGACGAGGAGAGGGUACAGAUUAUUGAAAUUCCAGAUGAAGAAUAUGAACAACCAUAUCCAGAUAAGGAACCUAUUUUAUCACUCGAAGAAACUAAGAAAAUUAUACUUGAUACUGAACCUGUACAUCCUGUGCAGUCUAAGUUAUCAGAAAUGGAACAGUCUAUACGUCAGUCCUUAACUGAAAUGAUGUCUGAUCAUAAAUUGAAUGAAACUGAAGAUGCCCUUACUUCUACUAAAUUAGUGCCUGUUAUGGAUUCUAAUACUUUAUUAGAAACAUUAACAGAUGAUUCAAUUGAUGAUUCAGAAUCAUUGAUACCACUAGCGAACAAUAUUAUAGUUUCUAAAAAUGAAAAUAUAAAUUUACGAGAAAUUGAAGAAACAAUCGGAGUUGAUAUUAAAGAAAAUUUAAGCAGAGAAGGGAAUAAUGUUGAAAGGACAGAAAACAUUCAAAAAUAUAGCAUGCUAUCAGGUAAAAACACUGUUAAAAAUGAAGAAAUUAUGGGAAUUAAAAUUCAAGGGACUGAAGGACAAAUAAAUAAAUCUAAUCAAAUAAAAUUAAAAGCGCAAGAAUCGAAAAUUAAACAGGAAGACAAUACUUUAAAGGUUAUCAUUAAUAAAAGUGAAAGCAAAAUAGAAGACUGUAAAGGUACUGCUGAAAGAAUAGAGAAGAAUACAUUUUGUAAAAUAAAAACAGAUAUAGUAAUGGAUACACAACAUAUAAAAGCAUAUGUAGAUGUAAAAGAAUGUUUAAAUAAAAAUAAAAACAAAAAAUGUUACAAUAUGUACACAUUAGAUAAUUCAUCUGUUACAAAUAUAAAUAUUAAUCAAAACGCUGAAAGUAUAGAUGAUAAUAUAGAUGAAUUCAAUGAAGAUGAUAAAUUAAUAAUUGAUGAAGAAUUUAUUCAAAAAGAAAGCAAUGAAAAUGAUGAUAUACAAGCUAAAACAAAUAUUAGUAUCAACGAUUUAAAACUACUUGAAUAUAGUAAAAAUAAAAAUAAUGAUGAAACUACAAUUCAAUUUACUGAGUGUAAGGUAGAUGAUCAGAUAAAAGAAUUCAAUAACACUGAGCAGUACCAAAAAAAACAGAUUGAUUUAAAAAAUGUUCACAAAGAAGAAACAAUACGCAAUGAUAUAAUAGUAGAUGACAAUUGUGAUAAGCGAAAUAAAAAUGAUAAUAAUGUUACGAAUACCGUUCAAUUUAAAGGUGAAAGGGGACAGAAAAAAAUAGAAGAUCGAUUAAUCAAUGAAUUAUAUAAGUCUAAUAAAGAUGAAGGUAAUCAAGUAAUUCAAAAGUUUGUUGAAAAUAAUAAAAUAAUUGAAAGGUGUAUUAACAAAGGUACAAUUAUUGAAAUAUCUGUGAAAGACAAGAUCAUGGAAAAAUUAACUGAAAAGGAUGAAAUUUUAAUGCAAUCUCUUCAAGAAGAAAAUGUUGGAAAUUCAGUUGUAAAAAUUGCAAAUAAUGUAAAAAAAGGAUUAGAAACAAAUGUCAAGAAUUAUAAAAAAAUAACAAAAUUAAUAGGAAACAAUUAUGAUAAUUAUACCGCUAAGAAUGACGAUCAAAUGAGAAAGUUGGAUAUUUUUGAAGAGAAAGAAGAGAAAAUUGAAAAACGAUUAAUAAAUACAUUUGAUAGAGAUUCAUGUAAGAUUUACGAUAUUAAAAGAUCGAAAGCAGAAGAAAGUAAAAUUGAUGCAAAAAUCUUCGUUGCUCAAGAGAUAGAAAAAGAAGAAGCUGAUGACAACAAUGAUGAUAAAAAUGAUGCUAGUGAUAAUUAUGAUGAUAACGAUGAUGACAACGACUACGGCGAUGACGAAGAUUAUGAUGAAGAUCAAGAAGAAGCAGACAAGGAAGUAAAUGAUUAUGUAAAAGAUGAAUUCUUUACAGGUGCAACAACUUCAAAAAAAAGAAAAAAUAAUGUGUUUAGGUAUAGCCGGAUCAAUAUGCUUACAUCGCCGUUUGAGGAAGAAUGUCAUUAUUUGGAAAGUAAUAAUCAUAGAUACUUAACUUUCAAAAAAUACCUUGAGAAAUUAGAAGCUGAUCCAAACAGAAGCUUAGAAAAUAUGAUCGAAAGCUUUGGUGGAGUGGUUGUGCCAGCCAUACCGAUGGCAGCACCACUUGUCCCCGUUUUUUCAAAACGGAAACACUCAACAAGUCCGUUAGCCGAUAUUUUAAUAACAAAUUCCAAUAAUAAUAAUGAUGGGUCAGGAAAAGAAACAACUUCCGAAGAAAUCAGUGAAAAUUUUUCUAAUCCAAUAAAGAAGCGAAAACUUGGACGAUUUAAGAAGGUCAGUAGUACAAUUGUAAAUCCAGUUAAUUUACAACAACAGCAACAACCGCAUCAGCAGCAGCAGCACCAGCCGCAACAAAUUGCAAUUAUAAAUGGAGAGAAUUUUGUAAUGCCUCUGAGUCCAGAGAGCGAUGUAUCGGCUACAAGUGAAAAAAAUCCUGGAAAUGCAUUAAAAGAUGACAGAAGCCGACAUAGGAGUAACCAGCGCUACUCGAGCGAUGACCUCUACAAACCCCGGCCUCUCUUCUCGAGCUCAUCACGGCGUAAUCGGCGCUUCAACCAGGCAUAGCCAGUGGCUCCAGGGUGCCCUCUAAACAUAAGGAAGGCUGUCAUCAUUCUGCGCGACGUCUUCCGCGAACAGCAGACGAUCGACUGAUCAGAUGCAUUAACCGACGUUGUUUUUCAAAGGGAGACUCCGAUUCUAUCGCGCUUGCCUUUCUUCGCUCAUUUUUUCUUUUGUUUUGUUUUUGUUUUUUUUUU